AUGGAAUACCUCCAUGUCCUGCUUCGCAAUCUGCCGGGUUCAUUUGUUCAGAAACUGGCCGUUUCAUUACUGUGCCUUGCUAUCACACGACACUUGUACUUGGCUGCGCGGGAGGAGACACGAAUCAACCAACUCGGUGGCCGUGCGCCCCGAUUCAGCUCCAUCUUUCCUACAGAUGUGCUCUCGGGCUUGCACUUCCUCGCGUCCAUCACGUCUCAUGCCCUGCGGGAUCAGAAUCUUAAGUUCAUGCACAACGCGUUCCUGCGGGCCGGUCACGGCAAGCAGAAUCCGUAUACGUUCGAGGUCAGUCUGCUUGGGGAGCGGACGCUGUUUACCAGCGACCCGGAUAAUAUCCGCUCCAUGCUGGCCACCCAGUUCGCCGAAUUCGGCAAGGGCCCGCGGUUCCGAAAAGAUUGGUUUGAUCUCAUGGGAAACAGCAUUUUCAACGUUGACGGUGAUGCUUGGUACGAGUCACGCCGGCGCCUUCGGCCCCUGUUCACCCGACAACGUGUCAGCGACCUGGCCUCGUUUGAACGUCACGUCCAGGUGAUGCUGCCGAUGCUGGCUGGAGGCCGCACGGUGAACGUCAAGGAUGUACUGAGUCGGCUGGCCCUUGACGUCUCGGCCGACUUUUCCUUGGGGCGGGAUGUCGCCUCGCUGGCACGCCAUGAUGAUGACGGUGUCUUUGUGGCUUUUGAGCGCAUCCGACACACGCAAUCCCUGGUUGAGCGAUUAGCAGCACUCAACUUUGUCGUGCCGCGACGUCAGUUCCGCAAAGACUUGGCCACGCUCGACGGCUUCAUGAAGCCGUCCAUCGACAAGGCGCUGGCUAUGUCGCCCGAAGAGCUGUUCGACAUGGACGAAAAGGACCAUGGUUACAAGCUCAUCCACGCUUGCGUGGCCACGUCCCGCGAUCCACGCUAUCUGCGCGACGAGAUGAUGUCGAUUCUGAUCGCCGGGCGGGAUACGACGGCUACCACCAUGGCAUGGAUGUUCUACGAGCUGGCGCGCAACCCGGCGGUCUUGGCCGACCUCCGUAGCGAGAUCGAAGCCACGGUCGGUGUCGGUCCCGGGGCGCCCGAGCCGACGUUCCAAGACCUCAAGAGCAUGCGAUUCUGUACCUGCGUCAUCAAUGAAACGUUGCGCCUGUACCCUAACGCGCCGUUCAACAUCCGCACUGCGCUGAAGGAUACAAGCCUGCCGCGCGGGGGCGGGCCAGACGGUAGCGGGCCUGUUGGCGUUCCGGCCGGUACGCAGGUCAUCUAUUCCACGCACGUCUUGCAGCUCCGCGGCGAUUUGAACACAUUUGACCUUGCGCCCGUCCACGAGUUUUCCCCUCGGCGGUGGCUGAACUGGGCUCCGAACCCAUGGACCUACAUCCCUUUCAAUGGGGGCCCUCGGAUAUGCAUCGGGCAGCAAAUGGCGCUCACAGAGAUGGCAUACGUCCUCGUACGUGUAUUUCAGCGGUACAAGGGCGUGCAGCUCAGGACUGCACCUAAAGAUAUUCCAGCUUCCGAGCCAGGAUGGGUGAGGAGGGCUACCGACGCGGAACCGGUCGAGACAUUCGCUCGGUCCCGAUUGCGAAUGGCGAGUGAAAUUACUUUGGCACCCAGAGGAGCUGUCGACCUGUCAUUUUCUGAAUAA